AUGUAUGAUACGUGAUGCGUGAUGCGUGAUAUAUUCCGACCAUUCCGACUAUUGUCGUCGUAGUAGACCAAAUUAGUGUACUCGCGAAAACGUCUUUUAAAUUAGCAUUUGGUUUAUUUAUUAUUGAAAGACAUCAAAUCUUCUCGAGGAAGAUGUUGCAGCUUCAAUGAACUGUCGUAAGACGGGUUGAUAAGGUUCGGCGACAUGUCACAUCACGAGGAUAUCAUUUUGGAAGAUGAGAGGAACGCAAGUGCGAUACUCGAGUCAGAAAUUCGGCAUAGAAUCCCAUGGAGCGAGCGUGUGUUAUUAAACAGCGAGAUACCUGGUCUGAAAGAAGUUAAAGAAUUGUUGGAAGACGACGAUGCGAGCUGCCUCGGGGAGGAAGAGGACGGAGUCGGUUGUCCUUUGCCAUCGACUCCCGAAGAUGAUCAUCUUUUGGACUGUGAGAUGACAGAAGUGCUAAAGGCAGGUGUGUUGAGCGACGAAAUAGAUCUCGGUGCAUUGGCGCAUAAUGCCGCGGAGCAAGCAGAGGAAUUUGUUCGCAAGGUAUGGGAAGCAUCUUGGAAGCAGUGUCAUUUCAGGAAUCUUCCAAAGUGGUUACAAGACAAUGAUUUCUUACACGCUGGCCACAGACCACCUUUACCAUCCUUCUAUGCCUGUUUCAAAAGUAUAUUUCGGAUUCAUACAGAAACGGGGAACAUUUGGACACAUUUACUUGGAUGUGUGGCAUUCAUUGGCAUAGCUAUAUUUUUCAUAACUCAACCUCCCGUAGAGAUACAAUUGGAAGAAAAAUUGGUGUUUGGUACCUUCUUCGCGGGUGCUAUUAUAUGCCUAGGAAUGUCGUUUGCCUUUCACACUGUACACUGCCACAGUGAAUGUGUCGGAAAGUUGUUCUCAAAAUUAGAUUACUGCGGGAUAGCUAUGCUGAUCAUGGGUAGUUUUGUACCAUGGCUCUACUAUGGUUUCUACUGUGAUUAUCAACCUAAACUUAUUUAUCUGUCGGUGGUCGUGAUACUCGGCGUAACGAGUAUCGUCGUAUCGCUGUGGGAACGAUUCGGUGAGCCGAGUUACAGGCCUCUGAGAGCAGGUGUCUUUAUGGGUUUCGGACUCAGUGGAGUAAUACCAGCCGUUCAUUAUGCCAUUGCCGAAGGCUGGUUCAAAGCAAUUAGUCAAGCGUCGCUUGGCUGGUUAAUACUGAUGGGAUGUUUGUAUAUAUUGGGUGCAUUGUUUUAUGCGUUAAGGGUACCUGAACGAUUUUUCCCCGGCAAGUUCGACAUUUGGUUUCAGAGCCACCAAAUCUUCCAUGUACUGGUGAUUGCGGCCGCGUUUGUUCAUUACCACGGGAUAACGGAGAUGGCCAUGUACAGAAUGACAAUAGGCGAUUGUGCGAAUCCGAAGCAGGUGAUGGCUUUUUAACCGCUGUGCACCGAGGCGUAUAAUAUCAUGUUGCUGUUAAAUUUCACCUUCUGUACCGAGACUUGAGAAAGAUUCCUAAAUCUCUGUGCGUCAGUAGAUUUGUACUAGAACGGUAAAACUGCUGGAAAUUAUCGUAACACGAUUUUACUCUCAAUUCUUUACUUCACGAUUGAAAAGUGCAACUUUCGAGACGAUUUAUAAAGUUCACAAUAUGAAGUACAACAUGUGAUGACAAGGAUUACUACUAAUAAUAAAUUUACAGGAUUUCAUUGAAUAAAAAUCUUUUAUACUUUUUCGUAAUGAUCCGAAUUUGUGAAAGUUCGUGUCGAUCUUUGUAUCGAACAUUAUAAGCCGAUCGCUUGCUGAACGUUUUAUGAAACAUUUUCCGUACUGCAUAAACUAACGGGUACAAUGUAAUUAUUUACACUUGUUGUUGUUGUUGUUUCUUUGUUUUGUCUGAAUAAUUUAUUGAAAUGAUGCGAUUUAUUUAUUAUAGUAUACUCGAAGCGUCGUCGACAAUCACGUCGACUGACGCGCGCGCGCGCGCGCCGUAUAAAAUAUCGAAACAGAAUGGUACAGAGAGAUACGUGGCAACAAACAGAACUUGCGUGUAAAGAAGAUUUGCGUAAUUGAUUGCGAAUCAUAUGAUAGCACUAUGAAAGUGUAUUUUGAACACACUGUUGAAGCAAUGGAAAAACUGUUUGUAUUGCAAUGAUUACGUGUAAACUAGACAAAAAUUCGAUUUGCUUCGGGAUUCGUCCACGACAGGAGCGAGUAAAGCACUGAUUCUUCUUCUUCUUCAGUGUUUGCUCGCGCUACAAAUUUAUUACGAGAUCAUUCAUACGUUCAAACUUUAUAGUUCUUAUGUCGAUUUCCAUUUCACAGUAUUAAUAAACUAAUUUCUACCAUCAUUGUUCCUGGUUCACGGUAUUCGUGACUGUCGCUCUUACUCUUCUUAAACGUAAUCACCUACCGUUACAUGCAACACGUUUCAUUACAAACUCUGUUGGUUUCCCAGUAUAAAGAAUGUUGAAUGCUUCUGUUAUUAAUAUAUUUAUACAUAUGAAAGAGAUAUUGUUGAAUUUUUUACACGAGUAAUUGGUAAAUUAAUAAAGAAGGAAAUGAUGAAUUUCACAUGUAAAACAACACGAUUAUCCUACUUGUGUAAUUUUCCAGAAAUAUAUUUUUCUAAACAAA